CACUCCUCCUAUCAGGAGCACAGUGUUAGGCACCAUGGUUCCACGUGCCGGAAAGACGCGCAUCAGGACGUAAUAUGUGACAGCAGAUGUCGCGAACCCAAAUAGCCAUCCAAAUGAGGACAGAUGCGUCAACCCUAUAUUGAUAUGAACCGUUUCAGGGCUCAAUGCCUGGGCCAGUCCUGGAAGAAGUGGAGUAACAAUGGUUACAAUGAUUGUCAGGCUUCGCCAGUUGGUGCCAUACUGGGAUCUUGUCAGUGGGAUCCCAGAUCGAAUUGGCAAACCGACAUACCUUGUUGUACCUAUAGCGGCCUUCCGGUCCUAGGAAGAUCGCAUAACCCACCCAACAUGAAGCUGAGCAAUGUUUUAGCACUUGCAAUUACUUUCCAUGGGACCAAGGCCCACGAUCCGACAACGGAAGCGAAGAUAACGCCUCGUUUGAUGUUGAAGAACUUCGGAAACAAGGUGGUAAGGUCAUUCGCAAAAAUGAGGCAGUUGGACGAGACGUUGGUACUGAUCUGGCAAAUCAGCCAGAUCGUCGAGCAGAGAAAGACCAGGAAUCGGCCGCCAGCGCUCGUUCCCCAGAGUUCGAUCAAUGUGAUCGGGUCCCAGAUAUAUUUGCCGAGAAGAUUCUUCGAAGCUCCAGCACAAACAAUGCUGAAGAUGAAGGUCAAGGUCUUGAAGAAUGGAACAAUCGGGAACUGCCACCACUGAGACUGGGUUGUCCUGCUGAAUCGAGAAAAAUCCGGGAUGUUUGGCUGCAAGUGUGGUGUAACCGCCAGUGACAGCACUGAGUGUUUGUAGCCACAGCCCCGAGGAACGGGUUGCUCGGAUGUUCAAACUGGUGCGUCUAAUGAUACAUGUGGAGAUUUCAUAGGCUGAUGGAAA